AUGUGGUUCUCCGCGCUGCGACAGAAACUGCAGCUUCUUGUCAUUGUGUUCUUUAUCUUUGUCGCGUUUGCAGCCUCUGAGGCGGCCUGGAUGCUCUGGGCUACUUUGGUAAUUUUCCUGCUCCUGUUGCUCCUGAUAGACUUGCUCUUUUUGAACGAGGGCGACUUUAAGUACGAUCCGGACUACAAGGUGAGGCAGCGAACAAAAAAGCGCUUUUUCUGCGUGUUGAAGAAGGAGGGUGCUGACAAGUUGUCGGUGAUGUGCGAUAUGACAGAAUUGGGCGCGUUCCGUCGACCCAAAAUACUGAAGGAAACGGACUCGGCUCUGACUGGCACUUCUACUGUAGGAAAGAUCGAGAAAGAGAGUAGAUAUCUCUAUCCGACCAAAUCCCAGAAACCGACGUGCGUUGAUGUGUGA